AUCGUGCAUCGAGCAAUCUCUACUAUUACUUCGAUCGGGGGACGAGGGAGAAGGAAGAAGAAGAAGAAUGGGGCGAUCUCAGAUUUGGUUUGCUCUUGGAGCCGUAAAUCUAGCUUUGCUCUUCGCCUACGCCUUCGCCGACGGCGACGUGGUCGUCCUCACCGAGGCCAAUUUUGAGAAGGAGGUCGGCCAGGAUCGUGCCGCCCUUGUCGAGUUCUACGCUCCAUGGUGUGGACACUGCAAGAAGCUUGCCCCUGAAUAUGAAAAGCUUGGAUCGAGCUUUAAAAAGGCUAAAUCUGUUUUGAUAGGGAAGGUGGACUGUGACGAACAUAAGAGCAUAUGCAGCAAGUAUGGAGUGUCAGGAUACCCAACAAUUCAGUGGUUUCCUAAAGGGUCCUUGGAACCAAAAAAAUAUGAAGGUCCACGAACUGCAGAAGCACUUACUGAGUUUGUGAAUACUGAAGGGGGAACAAAUGUGAAACUAGCAACUAUCCCUUCUAAUGUAGUAGUAUUGACUCCAGAGACAUUUGACCAGAUUGUUCUUGAUGUAAAUAAGGAUGUUCUUGUUGAAUUCUAUGCACCAUGGUGUGGCCACUGCAAGCAUCUUGCUCCUAUAUAUGAGAAGUUAGCCAAUGCAUACAAAUUGGAAGAUGAUGUUGUCAUUGCUAACUUGGAUGCUGAUAAAUACAAGGAUUUAGCAGAAAAGUAUGGAGUUGGUGGUUAUCCUACCUUGAAGUUUUUUCCCAAGGAAAACAAAGCUGGUGAAGAUUAUGAGGCUGAACGGGAGUUGGAUGAUUUUGUUAAAUUUAUUAAUGAGAAAUGUGGCACUAGCCGUGAUGCGAAUGGUCAACUUACUUUCCAGGCUGGUAUUGUGGCAAGCUUAGAUGCUUUAGUGAAGGAGUUCGUGAGUGCUUCCAAUGAAGAGCAAAAGGCAAUUCUCUCUAGGAUGGAAGAGGAAGUUGCAAAGCUAACCGGUUCAUCUGCAAGGUACGGCAAGACCUACCUAAAGGUUGCUAAAAGCUCCUUCAUAAAAGGCACAGACUACGCCAAGAAAGAAAUUGAGCGUUUGCAACGCAUCUUAGAGAAGCCGAUUAACACGGUCAAGGCGGAUGAGUUCAUCAUCAAGAAGAACAUUCUCUCUACCUUUGCUGCUUGAGCUGUUGUCAUCCAUAAUGACUCCCUUUGCACCAAGAUUUUGCCGUCAGACAUUAUUGGAGUGGAGUUACUGAGACAAUACUUACAGCUGGAGAUUUAUUAGCCUUUCAAGUUAGAGAUUCCAAUUAAUUUUUGUUUCACUCUAGACUGGAUCUUGUUUAUUUUUCAGGACUUUGCUUUAAAUAUUUAAUUGGAAACUUGUUUUUUUUAAGUCAAUUAAUGUAUGAUUAAGCGUGAUGUAGCACAACAAUAAACAAAUCUCACAGAGAGAAUAAAAUGAUCUCACAAGAAAAA